UCNCCACCACCUCCCACAAAAUUUGCGAAAUAUAAUAUGAUGCUGAAAUUAGUAGUUUCAGAUGUUUGUGCAGAUACAAUGAGACGAGCAGCGGAAGAAUUAAUAUCUGAAAACUCUGAGGAGAAUGACUGCCAUAACAUUGCUGUUGCAAUUGAUGGAACAUGGCAAAAGAGAAGCGGCUAUUCAUCAAAAAAUGGAGUUGUGUCUGCUACAAGUGUUGACACGGGUAAAGUGAUUGAUGUUGAGGUGCUCUCAAAACAUUGUGUCUGUUCCGAUAAAAAAAAUCACAGUGACACCUGCAAAAUGAACUUUGAGGGAAACAGUGGUAAGAUGGAAGUGGAUGGGGCUUUAGCCAUAUUUAAACGCAGCGAGCAAUUUCAUUCGCUAAAAUAUCUGAAGUACUUGGGUGACGGAGACUCAAAGGCAUUUUCAAAUAUUGAAAAAGAAAAUGUAUAUGGGGAUCAAUAUCCAGUAGAAAAGUUAGAGUGCAUUGGGCAUGUACAAAAAAGAAUGGGAUGUCGCCUUCGUCGCCUGGUGAAAAAGAUGAAAGGUGAAAAGCUUAGUGAUAAGAAAGUACUUGGUGGAAGAGGUCGCCUUACUGAUUCACAAAUUGAUAAGCUACAAACUUAUUAUGGAUUAGCCAUCCGGCGAAAUGUUGGAAAUUUAGAUCACAUGCGUCAAGCAGUGUGGGCUAUAUUUUACCAUAAAUAUUCGACAGAUGAGAAGCCACAACAUGGGUUGUGCCCUUCUGGAACGGAAUCUUGGUGUGGGUACCAGAAAGCUUUGGUUUCUGGUAUGUCUUAUGAACACAAGAAUAGUUUGCCGGCAGCUGUUAUGGAAACUAUCAGACCAAUUUUCAGAGAUUUAGCCCACCCUGACUUGUUGAAAAAGUGCCUCCAUGGGAAGACACAAAAUCCCAAUGAAUCUCUGAAUAAUGUUAUCUGGUCACGCAUACCUAAAAAUGUAGUCGUGCACAUUGAUACGUUACAGUUUGGUGUGUUUGAAGCAGUGAGUGUUUUUAACGAAGGCAAUAUAGUGCGGUGUCAGGUAUUGCAAAAACUGAACCUUCCACCAGGGCAAUAUUGUGUUAUUGCAAUGCAGUCUAUUGAUAAGGAGCGAAUAAGAAAUGCCGAACGAGACUGUGAAGAUUCGACAAAAGAAAGAAGGGUACAGAAACGUAACAAUAAUAUAGAAGAGGAAGAGUCGUGUGACAACUAUUGUCCAGGCGGAUAUUAAUUUUAAUAAUGUUUUGAAAGUGAUUAAUUGCUGCAUUUUCUUUUAUUAAUGUUUUUUUAUUAUUGUUUGAUUUAUAAAUAACAAUAUUAAUGUAUCUCUCUUUUUAAAUUACAUUUUAUCAAUUUUUGUAAUAAGAAUUCUUCGAAUAUGAGUAUUUUUCGAAAAAGAUUCAUUUAUGUUCCACACAUUUUUAGGUCUUAAAACCAUAAUGUUACUAGCUUAAUAUAUGUUAAUCUAAGUAAUUAAGUGUAUAUAUGUGUAAAAACAAGAAAAAUAAUAUGAAACAUAUGAUUGAAAGUUUUAAUAAAUUUUUUUAAUGAAAAAUUA